AUGGCUCAGACUGCACAUGAAGAAAGCCCCGAAUUACAAUUCGGGCGUGAUGAAGUCGCCUUACAAGGCCAUUUCACAGACCUUGAACGUCGAAAGCAUGACACAAGAAUCACUCGCUACCCUGAGCUUUCCAUUUGGCAACGGGUGAACUCAGAGCUCGACAGCUUUGAGAGCGUUCACCAUCGCUUCUGGUGGACUAGUCACACCGGAAAAGCGCUUGCUGUUCUCCUAUACCAUGCCCGAUACCCAGCAGACGCGCAGUAUCGGAACCUGAAGUUUUUCGCCGAAGCCGUGGCUCCUCACCUUGGCAUUUGUCCGGAACUCGCGGAGAGUGAGACGCCCAUAUGGCCGAGCUUCAUGACUGACGAUGGGACUCCGGUCGAAAUCAGCUGGGACUGGGGCACAACGGAUGCACCGCCAACGAUACGAUACUCGGUCGAGCCGAUCGGGUUGCAUGCAGGCACCUCCGUUGACCCUGGAAACUUGAGUGCUGGGCCUUCCUUUCAAGAGCAGCUGGCUCGCUCACUGCCGACGAUGAGAUUGGAGUGGUUCCAUCAUUUCCAAGCCUUUUUCGGCAUACCCAACAUCAACAGUGAAUUUCGUAAGGAUACCAGAGACCACAACUCUAGCAUCUUCUACGCUUUCGACUGUUCAGAAACCGAUAUCACGCCAAAGGUGUACUUCUUCCCCAAGUCGAGAGCAAAAGCAUCCGGCCAGUCGAACCUAGAUGUGCUCUUCCAAGCUAUGCGUACGGCUCCUCACGUCACCGAGGGAAACUUCAAGGCAGGUGACAUGCUCCACGCCUUCUGCUCCAAUGUAGGCAGCACACUGCUGGAACACGAGAUGCUAGCUAUUGAUCUAAUCGAUCCGCUGCGGUCACGGCUCAAGAUCUACUUCCGAUACCGUGAGACCACUUUCAACUCGGUCAUCAACAUCAUGACGCUUGGAGGUCGGAUCCAGAACCCGAAGCUGUACGAAGGCCUAGUUGACCUGCACCGGCUGUGGAACGCGCUCUUUGGCGUGUCCGCAGUAGGCCAGCCUCUGCGUGCAGUAGAGCAUCGAACCUCCGGAAUCCUCUACAACGUCGAGUUCCGGCUCGGCGAGGCACUGCCUGUGGCGAAGAUUUAUCUACCGGUGCGGCAUUACUCUACCAGCGACGAGGCGGUUAUCCGUGGAUUGAACGACUACUUUCAAGGCCGGCAGAAGGGAAAAUACAUGCCCGACUACAUCAAGGCGAUGAGUACACUGUUGUGGGUGUUUGCAAUAUUCUUUUAUUUUCAGUCAUUCGUUUGGAACAUUCUACUAAAAUAUUCAUGCAGUACUCCGCAGUCAAUGAGAGAAAAUGCAGGCGUGCAGACGUAUGUUGGAUAUGCGAUUCGGCCAGAUGGCACAGUACGGGUGAUUUCCUAUUUCAAGCCUCAAGUACCAGUACACUUAUUCGAAUCCGAGGGGGGUUCAUAG